CGCACUCCUCCCGGGAAGUCUCGCGAUGCCGUAGCCGGCUGCUCCCGCUGCGGGUGGCUCUGGCUGUUGCUGUGGUUGCCUGAGUUGCUGCGGCGGCGGCGGCGGCGGCGGCGGCGGUGGUGGUGGAGGUGUCGGCCCUUGGGCGGAUGUUGACAAUGUGUUGUUGUUAUUGCUGAUGAUAAUGGCGGCGGCGGCGACGGCCGGGACCCCAUCUCCUCUGUAGCCCGAGCCGAGGCAGCCAAGAUCGAUCUCCGCGGCCUCUGAGCCCGCGGCAGCGACUCCCCUCAACCUCAGCCUCCGCCGCCUCGCCAGCCCUUUUCCCGGCUCCAGCCCCUGGAGUCAGGCCCCUUUGGGCAGGGAGCCUUGGAGGCUCAGGAUGGCGGAUUUCGACGAGAUCUAUGAGGAGGAGGAGGACGAAGAGCGGGCCCUGGAGGAGCAGCUGCUCAAGUACUCACCGGACCCCGUGGUGGUCCGCGGCUCCGGUCACGUCACCGUAUUUGGACUGAGCAACAAAUUUGAAUCAGAAUUCCCUUCUUCAUUAACUGGAAAAGUAGCUCCUGAAGAAUUUAAAGCCAGCAUCAACAGAGUUAACAGUUGUCUUAAGAAGAACCUUCCUGUUAAUGUACGUUGGCUACUUUGUGGCUGCCUUUGUUGCUGCUGCACAUUAGGUUGCAGUAUGUGGCCAGUUAUUUGCCUCAGUAAAAGAACACGAAGAUCGAUUGAGAAGUUAUUAGAAUGGGAAAACAAUAGGUUAUACCACAAGCUGUGCUUGCACUGGAGGCUGAGCAAAAGGAAAUGUGAAACGAAUAACAUGAUGGAAUAUGUCAUCCUCAUAGAAUUUUUACCAAAGACACCGAUUUUUCGACCAGAUUAGCAUUUACUUUAUUUAUAGAGACUUUCCAAGUAUGUUGUCUUUCCAAUGGUGCCUUGCUUGGUGCUCUCCUGGUGGUGACAUAACAUUGGUUCUACAGAAUCGUGUGGUGUUUUUUUCUGUUUUUGUUUUUUUUAAAUAACCGCAUGUUCUAAGUGUGCAUUUUUGUCAAACUUUGCAAGUUAUUUCAUACAGAUGUUUAAUACUUAAGUUAUUGUGCUCUUUUCUGUUAUGUAUUCUGAUUUUCAAGGAUUACUUUUUUUGUAUUAUCGAAAAAAUACAUUUGAAAUUAGCAUAAAAAGUGGCCAGCCUUUUUUAUUUUAUCACCAAGGUACACACAGUCCUUUAUUUAUUAAUUCCAUAAUAUAGAAGAACACUUUUGUAAGGCUCUACUUAUCUAUUCUAGCAAGCACACUCUUUGUAUUAUUUUUCUUCCUUUUAAAAUUUAAAAGUUAUUAUUUUAAAAUAGUAAGUUUUCUUUAAUAGCUUUUUGGAACCUAACAUACCCUUUCCCAUACAAUUCCUAAUGCUCUGUUUACAGCAGAAAUAUCUGUAACAUUAUGAAGACCUAUCAAAAAUUUUUGAUAGUAUUUCUGUCUUCAGAGGUAGUAAGGCAGGAUUAAAUUAUUUUUAUUAGAAUAGACAAAUAAUGAAUGGUAUGCAUGCACCUAAUGGUUACUAGAGCUCAGGAUCACAAAAUAUAGUAGCAUUACAAUCUGUGUAUAUUUUUGAUCAAGAUGAUAAUAAUGGCCUUACUUGCGUUAUUUUUUAUUGUUUGUCAAAUCUUAUAUAGAAAAGUAUGGAAAUACUCCUUUUAAAAAUUUCUAAGGAAAAUAUUUCUCCCAAUCUAACAUAAUUGUAGAAUGGAUGUAUGUUUCUGAAAGGUUUUUGAAAGAAAGCAAAAGUUGUAGAAUUAAAAGUAAGCUGGUGUUUAAUACCCCAUUGAUAUUUAGAAGAGAUUAUUACUAAGAAAUGGAGGACAUAUUUAGUACUGUUUUUAUCCACUAGUUUGCUUUCAGUCCAGUUAUGUAUACUUUUUUGAUUGAGAAUGUGACAUAUAAGUUUAAUCAGAUUAGCUUGUUUCUUUUAAAUAUAUACAAACAUACAUAUUUUUUUCCUUCCUUUUGUUGUACAUAUCUCCAUGCAUUUUAAAACUUUCUAAAUUUCUGAAUGGCCUAUGUGUAAAGUUUUGUUUUUAUAGACCUGAAAUUAUAAAAGUUUUAAUGUGUGUCAAGAACUUGUUCCAUACAACUGUGGUAUCUAGCAAUAAUGUGAAUAACUUUUGAAAUUAUUAUAUAAACUAUGCUUACUAAUUUGUAUUAAGAAUUGGUACCACUAUACAAUAUCUUUUCUCCUUGUAUUAAAUAUUUUAAAUACCA